UGACUGACACGUGAAAUGCAUUAACCCCUAAUGUUACAAGGUCUUUAAUAUUAUUUAAGUUUAAAAACUACAGAAAAAUGGCGGGCAGUUACACAACGAAGGAAUUCGGCGUGGGUCCUGAAGAACAAACUUUAUUGAAAAAUUCGGAAGGAACACGUAUCGUGCCCGCGAAAGGUACUGAGCCUGUUCGUCUCUCUCCUGGUUGGGAAGGAACAGGUAGACCUGAUGAUGAAUUGAAUUUUAGAGGAGUUACAAUGGAUCUAGCAGACCUUGAAUUAAAUCCUCCCAAAGAUAGAUUAAACCUAGUAUUCUGUAUAAUGGUACUUCAUGGAAUUGGUGCCUUGAUGCCAUGGAAUAUGUUCACAACAGCAAAAACUUAUUUUGUUCAUUACAAGUUAUCUAAGGGAUAUACAGGGAUUGAAUCAAAUUAUGCUGCAAAUUUUCUACCAUACGUAGCAUUUGCAUCACAAAUACCAAAUCUAACAUUUAAUUGGUUAAACAUAUUUAUACAAUUUGGUGGCAAUUUGACAACACGUAUAAUAUGGAGUAUCUUCAUAGAAGUUUUAAUAUUUGUAUGUACCAUUAUUUUGGCAAUGAUUGAUAGCUCUGGUUGGCCAGGUGUCUUUUUUGGAAUCACUAUACUUUCUGUUACUGCAUUAAACAUUGCUGGUGGAAUUUACCAAAAUUCUGUGUUUGGUAUGGGAGCAAAGUUGCCUGCAAAGUACACAGGAGCUAUUGUCUUAGGCACGAAUAUAAGCGGAACAUUUACGGCCAUAAUUAACCUUCUUGCUCAAUAUAUGGCACCAAAUGCUCGGACUGCCGCGAUAUAUUACUUUAUAACGGCUCUGUUCGUUCUUCUUGCAUGCUUUGAUACUUAUUUUGCACUUCCAAUAAAUAGGUUUUAUCGAUAUCAUGAAUUAUUAUAUCAAAAAAGAUUAGAUAAAAGACAGUUGGAAAAUAGUGCAAGGAAUAAACGCGACAUACCGCCUUACUGGAAAAUACUUAGACAAUGUUUUCCACAGUGCUUCAAUACAUUUUUCGUGUUUUUUGUAACUCUUACUCUGUAUCCAUCUGUUCAUUCUGACAUAAAACGUUCAAAUCCUAACUUUAUAAUUCCAGAAGAUUAUUACAGUAGUGUUAUGUGUUAUCUCACGUUCAAUGUUACUGCGCUAUUGGGUAGUUCUAUCGCAUCGUUGGUUCAGUGGCCUAGUAAAGAGUACUUGGUGAUCCCAGUUGCUUUCCGUAUUUUAUAUAUACCAUUGUUUUUAUUGUGUAACUAUCAACCACAUGAUGUCACAAGAGUAUUACCCAUAUACAUUAAUAAUGAUUGGGUUUAUUUUAUAAUCGCUAUUACAAUGGGUACAAGUAGCGGCUAUUUUUCAUCAUUAUCUAUGAUGUAUUGUCCCAGAAUGGUAGAAUCUCAACAUGCAGCAACAGCCGGUAUGUUUGGAGCGGCUUCAUUAAUCACGGGAAUUUUUGUCGGAAUAUUGUUUUCUAUGGUCAUGCCCACCUUGAUAGCAAGUCUACAAUUUCCGUUAUCUUAAUGUGUACAACUUUCAAUGAUAAGGUAUUAAUCCAUGUUUAAAAACAUUCACUAAAUAGAAAAAUCAAAAGGAGAAAAACACAAGAAA